AUGCCGCCUGACUACACGCCAUCGGAGGAUGACCCGCCGUCGCACGAGGAGUCGCUCCAGGACGUUGCCCUCUCCGUACCGGACAUUGACGCCGCGGACUCGAUCAGCCAGGUUGGCGCCAACGAUGCCGAUGACGCGGAUGCUCGCCUGCACGAGGACGAGUCGACGCGCCACCAGACCGACUGGUCCCACAUGCUCGGCCUGUCUGGCCAGACGCUGGGUGCAGCAACCUCUGCCACUUCGCUCGGCUUUGCUGCCGCACGUCAGACGACUGCAUUUGGCCUCGGCUUGGCGAAGCGCAUCACGCAGGGAAUCGUAGCUCUGCCCGCCAUGGCCUUUGACGGCGCCGUGCUCGGCAAUCCGCCGAGUAUGGACAAUUACCGCGACGGCAACGGCAACAGCACGCCCACUGCGGCCGAAGUGGCCCAUGCUGCCGUCGGUGGCGUCUUCGAUCUCAUCACCACCUUUGCCCUCGGCGGCAUCGACAUUGGCAGCGCCAUUACUGGCGCCGGUCUGGGGGCAGCGGCAGCAGGUGUCGAGGGGACCCGGAGGGCGCUGGGGUCCGAGGUGGUUCGCAGUUUGAGCGCAUUUAGCAAGCUCGUCAAGCGCGAGUGGAACUCGGCUUCCGACGACCUACCCCCUGGCGGCAUUCCGGCCUACUCCAUCGUCGGUAUCACCCAGGCGCUCACCGCUUGGGUGCUCAUUCAGAUGGUGACGCGCGACUACUACGAGACCAAGAUGAUCCGGCAGCUGCAGGAGGUCGAUCUAGAGGCAGUCCAGCGUGAGAUCGACGAGGAAAAGAGGGAAGAGGCAGCAGCAGCGCCGACAACAACAACGGCCACAGCAGCAGCAGCAACAGGCACGGAAUCACAACACGACGUUCGAAUCACCUCAGAGGCCGCGAUGCCUGGCGAAAACGAGGGCGACUUGAUCGGCGCAGAGAUCGGUCAGCCCUCUGAUGCAGCCGAUGCAGCGCCCCACGACGACAACACCGAUGGACUUGUAGCAGUACCUCUCACAGACCGGCAGGCGAUUCACAACAUGAAGCGCUACUCGAAGCUGGUCCUCGGUGUCUACGGCGGCGUGGCUCUGGCGUGGUUGGGCAGCUUGCCCCCUGAUCUUAUGGAGGCUGCAGGCCAAGUUGUGAGCGAUAGCCGUCUCCCCCAAGUCAACACCAAUCAGGGCUCUGCGGCAGACCAGCCGCUUUUGGCCGGCGGAGGUACUGGUUCGAGGGCGACUGACGAAGCGGACUUCUUGAGAGCGGCUGCUCAGCUUGAUCUCGAGGACGGCGAAUUGAUCGAUGACGAGAUUGAUGCUCCAGCAGAACAGGAUCAAGGAGCAGCGGCUCCACCCGCUGCUGGCGUUGAGAACGGCAGCCAUGAGGUGCGACCACCACCGGCACGACAAGGCACGUCUUACAGCUACCUCGACAUCCUGAGCGGACAGGCCGAUGCAGACCUUUUCCACCGCGUCGCCGAGCUUGAAGACGGCGUGGCGCAAGAGGGGAGCUACGACGAGACGGCUUCGCAAGCAGGAAGCGCAGCAGCGCGGCUCAGACGGAUGAGGCAGCGAGUCGCCAGGCCCAGUCAGCCACGCUACUACGUCGUGACCGAUCAUACCAAUGCCAAGAUCGUCCUCGUCCUUCGAGGCAGCUUGAGUCUGGGCGACUUGGCCAUCGACCUGACGUGCGAGAGCGCAAGGUUUGAAUGGGAGCUGGAAAAGCAGCCGCUCGAGGAUGAGGCGACGGAAGAAAGUAAGGAGAAGGCUCCGCGAGGAAGCUACAUUGUGCACGAGGGCAUCUACGAAACGGCCAAAGAGAUUGGCGAGCCCGGUCGGCCGGUCCACAGGGCUAUUCGAGCUGCCCUGGCGCGCCACCCGGGCUACGCACUGGACAUUGCAGGGCACAGCCUCGGCGCUGGCGUGGCAGCUAUGUGCGCCCUCAUGUGGGCAGACCCAGACACCUGCCUGACCACGCCCCAAUCUGGCCUGCCCGUCGGUCGCAAGGUGCAUGCAUAUUCGUUUGCUGCGCCUUGCGUCAUGGGCGCAGAGCUUUCUCAGCGAUGCAAGGCCCUCAUCACGACGCUCGAAUACUCGUACGACCUUGUCGCGAGACUGUCUCUUGGCGCCAUUCUCGACAUCCGCAACGCAUGCGCGUGGCUUGCCUACGAAAACAGCCAGCCCGCCACGCCGCGCACGGCGACGUCGACGACGGCCUCGAGCAACGGCGCCUUUGUCGGCCUGCCGAACCCCAUCCGUCUCACGACACUCAUGCAGCGCGCCCUGCUCCACCAAGUGCCCACGACGUCGGCGGAGAAAAAGACGGAGAUCGAGCACGACUUUCUCGCGCUCCGAAAAACACUCGAGGCAAACAUGACGCACGUCGAACUCUUCCCACCCGGCUCCAUCUUUUACUCGCUCGCGCCCGACGAUGUUGCGGCGAGCCCGCGCACCGACGACCGCCUCUACCGUGUCACGGGCGAUCGGCUGGACGAAGUCUUUGGCCAGAUCAUCUUUGGAAGGGGCAUGCUCUCGAGGCACAUGCCGCACAUUUACAGAAACAUCCUCACGGCGCUGCCCUCUUCUUGA